CCCAAAACCACAUCUUGGCCCAGCCACAAUAAAGUCCGUACACUCAGAGCUUCCAACAUCCUCGAUUCCGUAUCCCAAAGCGAAAAAUUGCUGCCUCAUCCCAUCGCUGCGUUGUCCGUGUCGGGUUUCGAACAACUCGAUCCCCCGCCCACCGACGUGGCCCAGGCCCUCCGCAACAGCUGUCCCCGGCCCCCACCGCCAGCAAACAGCUGAAGUUCGAUAAGCACCAAGCUAAGGACUGGCUACAUCAAUCGUCGACUAUCCGCUCACACCUUCAAUAAACUUAUGCUGCUUGCAGAGUCUAGUUCCUGAGGGGAGCCCACCUAGCCGCGGAGGCAGAUGCUGCGGCCAAGCGCGAAUUAAGUCAUAACCGUCGUCACCGGCUCCGGCUGUAGCUCAACGUCCACUCUCACCUGCGGGUCGCAACACUUGAGGAGCAGGGCGAGCGCCACGCAGAGCAACCACGAUGGCUUCGUCGCCCAUGAUCUCAGCUCCUCUAAAGGCUACGAAUGAAAUAGAUUGGGUGCCGCCUUUGAAGGAUUACAUUCGUCAGACGUAUGGCGAUGACCCGGAGAGAUAUGCGGAAGAAUGCGCCACGCUGAAUCGCCUGCGACAGGAUAUGAGAGGUGCUGGGAAGGAUAGCGCUGCAGGAAGGGACCUACUAUACAGAUAUUAUGGCCAGUUGGAGCUAUUGGACCUUCGAUUCCCGGUGGAUGAAAACCACAUCAAGAUAUCGUUUACAUGGUUCGAUGCAUUCACCCACAAGCCGACAUCCCAAUAUUCUCUGGCAUACGAAAAGGCAUCAAUUAUUUUUAACAUAUCUGCCGUGCUCUCAUGCCACGCAGCGCACCAGUCCCGAUCUGAGGAUACGGGGUUGAAAACGGCAUACCACUCCUUCCAAGCAUCCGCGGGAAUGUUCACAUAUAUAAACGAGAACUUCCUCCACGCGCCAUCUACGGAUCUCAGUAGGGACACUGUGAAGACGCUUAUACAGAUUAUGCUUGCACAGGGGCAAGAGGUGUUCCUGGAAAAACAAAUUGCGGAUGGUAAGAAAGUAGGUUUGCUGGCUAAGCUCGCAAGCCAAGCUGGCUAUUUAUACUCUCAAGCAGUGGAGGGUGUUCAGGAGAAUGUGAAUAAAGCUAUUUUUGAGAAGGUUUGGCUGCUUGUCACACAGAUCAAAUCUCACUAUAUGGCUUCUCUGGCGCAAUAUUACCAGGCCCUAGCUGAUGAUGACGCCAAUUCUCACGGUACUGCGAUCGCUAGACUUCAGGUUGCAGAAACCAUGGCCAAAGACGCACAACGGGCAGCGAACAGCUUCCCUAAUAACGUACCCGCGAACUCGAACCUGAGCUCUGAAACAGGCUCCAGUUUGGUGGAUAUUACCAAACGCCAUCUCACAACCGUCCAGGAGAAGCUGGAAGGGCUGGUAAAGGACAACGACUAUAUUUAUCAUCAAACAGUGCCCGCAGAGGCAGGUCUGACUGCUAUUCUAAAGCUCCCUGCGGCAAAAGCAAUUCCAGUCAGCGAGUUGUACGCAGGCCAAGAUAUCCAGCGCAUCACGGGUCCGGAUAUUUUCCAAAAGAUAAUACCAAUGUCUGUCACCGAGUCCGCCAGUCUGUACGAUGAGGAGAAGGCAAAGAUGGUUCGUGCAGAGACAGAGCGGGUAGAAAUCGCCAACUCCGAGAUGGCUGCGAGCCUGGACUACCUUCGACUACCAGGCGCAUUGCAGGUUAUCAAGGGUGGCUUUGAUAAUGAAGUGUUUUCGGACAACGACUUUAAGGGGUGGUGCGACGAGCUUGCUGGCCAUGAGCCAUAUGGUGGAACCUUUGACUACCUAACUAGUAGUAGAGAAUCCAUAACGGGCGUACUCGAGAAGAGCACGAAGCAGCUUGAUAUGGAAGAAAGUGUUUGCGAAAAGAUGCGUUCCAAAUACGAAGGAGAGUGGACACAACAACCAAGUUCGCGGUUGACCAUGACGCUAAGGGAUGAUAUCAAGAACUACCGCGAUGCUUUGGAGGAGGCAGGAAGGAGUGAUAACAUUUUAUAUUCCAAGAUGCGACAGAACGAAGUCGACUUUGAUGAGAUGAGGUCAGCGGGUGAAACUGGCGAGGCCGAUGUGCUCUUUCAAAGAGCAUUGAUCAAAGUAGGCGGCAAGCGGAAUAAUUCUGGAAGCCCAGCAUCUGGGGGACUAGAUGGCAAUCUUCUGGACGCCGAUUUCGCUGAUGACGACGUCAGUGUGAUGGACCAAGUUAACAGGGUAGAAGACGUAUUGAAGAAACUCAACCUGAUUAAGCGGGAACGAGGCCAGGUUCUUAAGGAUCUGAAGGAGAAGGCGCACAACGACGAUAUCUCGCAGGUCCUUAUUCUCAAUAAAAAGGCUGUUUCGAGCCAUGAGACGCAGCUCUUCAAAACAGAACUAGAAAAGUUCCGACCAUAUCAGACACGACUUCUCCAAGCAAACCACAAGCAAUCAUCCUUAAUGAAAGAACUCACGACCAGCUUCAAUAGCCUCUUGCAAGACAAGAGAGUCCGAUCCGAGCAAAGCAAAUAUGAGGCCAUCACGAGGCAAAGAGGCACUGUUCUUGCCAAGUACAAACGAGUAUACCAAGAGUUCUUGGAGCUGGAAACCGGCCUCAGUGACGCCCAGACGUGGUAUAAGGAGAUGAAAGAUACUGUAAACAGUCUUGAGAAGAAUGUUGAGACUUUCGUCAACAACCGCCGAUCAGAGGGAGCGCAGCUUCUGCACCAGAUUGAGCAAGACAGAGCUGCCAAUGCCGGGGGACAGCAAGAGAGGGAGCGUGAGCGUUUGAGAGGGUUGAUGGAGAGGAUGUCGAUGGACCCAUCAACAUCCCCAUCCAACGCGAACCCUCCUUCGUCAAGAGGUCAACCGUCUAUUUCGCCCUCUGCACACUACCCACCGACGAAUUUUGCCGGCCAAUAUCAAGUCCCGUCGGCGACUCCUCCACAGCAAGCACAACCGACAUUCCCAAAAUACAGUAGCCCACCGCCAGGAAACUAUUAUCAGCAGCAAGGUGGCCAGAGGACCGACCAAUAUGGGAAUCAAGGAGGGUCCAGGCCGGGAUCACAGUCUCAGCAGGGUGGCUAUGAUCCAAGUUCAUUUGCUCGCCGUGAAUACAAUCAACAACCCACGUCGCCCCCUCCUACUCAACAGCAUUUCUCCCCUAAUCAAUACCAGUACCAGCAACAGCAACAUCACACUGCACAGCCAAUGCAACAGCAACAGUUCGUCCCAGCCGGCUACGUCCCACCUCCACCACCCCCUGGACCACCUCCUCUUGGUCCUCAACAGACGUUUUCUCCACCAGGAUCGGUGUAUCAACAGGGUAACGGCCGAGAUGGGUAUCCUGCUUCUCAAUCCAGGAUGAGCCAGCAGUCCGGUGCGCAGGAUCCAUGGGCGGGGCUGAAUUCGUGGAAAUAGGUUAGAUUACAUGAUAAAUAUAAAGCUGCAUUUAAACGUU